CGAAAACGACCACAGAUCCUAGAAAUUAUAGAACCAAAGUCACCGAUGUUUACAUAACAAAAGCAACGUCGAGAUCAGAAUUUAAAGUUAUGAAAUAACGGCAGUCUUGAAGAACAACAUAUAAACCUCAAUCUUGAGCAGUUUCAAAAGCAUCCCUUUGUUAUGGCAGGUGUUUUCGCAUACAAGUUAAAACAUGGCAUAAUUGUCAUCACUGGGGGAACGCUCCUCUUCUCAGCACAUGCAGUAUACGAUGGAAAUCCCAAGUUUUACCGCAAUUGGGUGAUGCCGGCAACAAGAUUAGUAGGAGCAGAGACAGCUCAUGGUUUAGCAAUCACAUUGUCAAAGUAUGGAUUAGUUCCAAGGCAGAAGAAACUGGACCCACCAAUACUGAAAACCACUGUGUUUGGGCGGGAAUUCAAUAACCCGGUCGGUCUGGCUGCUGGAUUCGACAAGCAGGGAGAGGCGGUAGACUCCAUGUUAAAGAUGGGAUAUGGGUUUGUUGAAGUUGGGAGCGUCAUACCAAAACCCCAGGAGGGUAAUCCAAAGCCCAGGAUGUUCAGGUUAACAGAGGAUCAAGGUGUCAUAAACAGGAUGGGCUUCAAUAGUGAUGGUCACGAGGCAGUUUACCAGAGGUUGAAGGCAAGGGCUGACAGGAUACAGGGAAAAGGAGGGACAGUCCAAGCUUGGCCUGAUGACAGGAACCUGCUCAAUGAAACUUUCUUUUACGGUGGAAAUCGAGAAUAUUUUGAUGGCUCUCCACAUAUAGAACCAGCUUUAGGAGUUAUGGGAGUGAACCUUGGUAAGAACAAGACCUCGCCAGAUGCUGUGGAGGACUAUGUGGAGGGGGUGAGGAAGUUCGGGGAGUUGGCCGACUAUCUGGUUAUUAAUGUGUCGAGUCCUAACACGCCUGGUCUGAGAGACAUGCAGGGCAGGAAACAGCUGGAGGAACUAGUGACAAAGGUGGUUGAAGCCAGAAAUCUGCUCAAAUGUGACCCAAAACCUCCACUGCUGGUGAAGAUAGCUCCAGAUUUAACAGAGAAAGACAAAACGGAUAUCGCUGCUGUUGUAGCGAGACCAAAAAGUGGGGUGGAUGGACUUAUAGUAUCAAAUACAACUAUCGCUAGACCUGAUACACUGCGGAGUAAAAACAAGGUAGAGACAGGUGGCUUAAGUGGGCAGCCGUUGAAGAAAAUGUCGACACAGACAAUUAGUGACAUGUAUAGAUUAACACAAGGCAGAUUACCAAUCAUUGGUGUAGGAGGGGUUGGAUCUGGGGAUGACGCCUAUGAGAAGAUACGCGCUGGUGCAUCGUUAGUUCAGUUAUAUUCUGCUAUGGCAUACGAAGGUCCACCUGUUGUGCAGCGAAUCAAAUCAGAGCUCGGUGCUAAUCUAACGAAAGACGGUUUUUCAUCAGUAAAAGGUGCUGUUGGGGCUGAUCACAAAUGAGCAAUGGAGCGUGUAUUUGUAUAGAUCAUGUGUAAGAACAACAAGGAACUUAGUGAAUCAUGUCUAUGUACAGCCUGUGGAAAACGGCAGUCUGGCAGAGGAUGUAUCGUACUGAAGUGAUUCUGAUAGAAGUGCAGGCUUGGAGACAUUGGAUCUCGCUGUUGAAUGUAAUGGGGAGAUGUGCCUUGGGUCCAGGAGUGAGACUCUAAGGGCUUAGCAGCUGUAUGAAUGUUUAGUUGUGCCAUAAUCUUAGUUACAUGUGUAGAGUUUGGAUAAAAAAAUAGUUCAAAGUUCUUAAAAAAGGCAUUAUCGUAAAAUGAAGCCAGUGAUAUCUUUAGAUCUAAAUAUCUAACUGUUUUUUAAUGUCAACCUGCAAGAUCACACUGCAAAGACCUUUUCAGCCACAGCAGGAGACCUCUAGUGAAUCUAUUGCAACUGAUCACUUCAUUAUAUUGGUAACACAGUUACUAGAGUGUGGGUCCGUCUCUGUCAGCUGAUAUGGCACGAAGCUCUCACCAAACACUUCACUUGAUUGAGAUUGACCUGUGUGUUGUUCUUAAGUUGUGAGAAUUCAAGUUUGGAUAUGACUGUAACAGAAAUAGUCAUCUUUAAAAUGAUGUAUGAAAUACAU